ACGUCAUGUUUAUAGCUCAGGCCCAAGGGAGCUCAGUCAACGCUGAUAUGGAAUCAAAUCUAGCGUAGCGUUCAUUUACAACACGGCAAGCCUAUUUUCAGAACUCAUGUUGUUCUGCUGUGAUUCUGGUACACUAUCGAAAGAGCUCUCUAGGUGUAUCAGCCGAGAUACGUUGCGUUGAAACCAGUCACCGCCGCUGACAGUUUGCAAUUGGAGGUUAUGUCCUCUUAUAGUUGCAAUGGAUAAACAAAGGUUUUCCCUCCUCCUACUUGAACCAGGAGAAAUUUAUUUUGAAGACUACAGUGUUAUCUUGCUUGCAAGUGAUACUAUCAAACGCCAAGAUGGUCGUCUUAAAUUGUGCUCAAAGUCAAUUGUUUUCGAUCCCAAAGAUAUUUCAAAACCUAUCAUUAAGAUUCCUCUUAAAGACUGCGUAUCUAUCAUUGAACUGCCUAAGAAGCUGGUCAUGCAAGAGGAAGGCAAUGGUGGUAUAAGUAUUGAAUGUAAUCAGUAUGUGAAAAUGCUUGAAGGCAAUAUUGUGGCACCAUACACUUUCCAAUAUACGAAAGAGAAAUUUGAAUUCAUUCUGAACUAUGCUAAUGUCCCAAACUGUUUGUCACAAAUGUCUCAGCUGCACAGAGCUGCUUCUUUAUCUGUUGCCGAGCAAACUACUAUGCUUGCAGCCAUUACAUUUUCUCGGCAGUCUCGUACUGGCUUUGAUGCUCUGUGGCUGGAAGACUUGUAUGAAACAAGGGUCAUUGAAACUCAAGGAAGCAAGAUCUCACCUCUGGUUGUCAACCCUGGUCAUAUUCUGCUCACUGAUACUGCCCUGUACUAUCAACCUUUCAACAAUGUAGAGGCUCAACCUGUACUGAAAAUAAGAUUAGUUGAUAUGCAAAGUGUUGUCAAAAGGCGCUUCUUGUUGCAACCUGUGGGGCUUGAAGUACACUGUCGGGAUGGGAACAUCCCCCAUUUAUUUCUUGCAUUUAAAUCUGCCAAAGAGCGAGAUGACUUGUAUGAGGGUAUCAUGAGACAGAGUUUGCUAAAGCUUGAUGAUUUUCAACAAGAAGCAGUUACUCUCCAGUGGCAACAUGGGGUGCUUUCCAACUAUGACUACUUACUGUAUUUAAACAGUUUAGCUGAUCGAACAUUUAAUGAUCUUACCCAGUAUCCUGUAUUCCCAUGGGUUGUUGCAGACUAUACAUCUGAAACUCUGCAAAUUGAUGCGUUCAAGACUUACAGAAAUUUACAGAAACCAGUUGGUGCUCUUAAUGCAGAGCGACUGGAAAAAUUAAAGGAUCGUUUUAAUGAAAUGCCAGAUCCUAAAUUUAUGUACGGAUCUCACUAUUCCACACCGGGCUUUGUCCUUUUCUAUUUGGUUCGCAAAUUCCCACAUUAUAUGCUGUGUCUUCAGAAUGGAAGAUUUGAUCAUCCUGAUCGUAUGUUUAACAGCAUUCCUGAUGUCUGGCGCAACGUCCUGGGUAAUUCCUCUGAUUUUAAAGAGCUUGUCCCAGAGUUUUAUGACACAAGUGGCAAUGGAGACUUUCUCUCCAAUAGGUAUGGUAUCAAUUUUGGUUACCGGCAUGAUGGGACAAAAGUCAAUGAUGUUGCGCUUCCUCCAUGGGCUUCCAGCCCAUCCGAUUUUGUGAAGAAACUGAGAGAUGCUUUGGAGUCCAGUUAUGUAUCUCAAAAUUUACAUUCAUGGAUUGAUUUAAUUUUUGGCUUCAAGCAGACAGGAGAUGCAGCAGUCAAGGCUAACAAUGUUUUCUAUCAUCUCUGCUAUGAGGGGUCCAUUGACCUUGGAAGUAUUACGGACCCUGCCCAACGUCAUGCCCUUGAAGUUCAAAUAAUGGAAUUUGGCCAAAUUCCAAAGCAGGUCUUUAAGCAUCCACAUCCCAAAAGAAUUAUCUUUGAUCCAGCUCAACAGUUGCUCUUAAACUGUUCAAUUUCAGAAACAUCUGAUGAACUUGAUAUUGUUUUGGAAAAGAUGUUAUCCAUCCAAGGUCAUAGAGAACAUGUGAGAUCACUUCGGCUUGUGCAUGAUGGAGAAGAAGUGGCUUCUGUUGGGAAUGAUGGUCUUUUAAGAGUUCAUUCACUUCAUGAAGGGCAACUCAUGCAUAGUGUUGCUCUUUCUCCAACUCCUCUUUCAGGUGUAAUUUCUCUCCCUGAGGACAACCGAUUUAUUGUGGGAUCAUUUGACAAUGCAAUAGUGGUGUAUGAUGUGCAGUUUGGUCGAGUUCUGGACAAAUUGGUGGCUCAUGAAGAUGCUGUUUCAUGUGUUGGUUUCUUCAGUGAUGAUGAUGGUGCCAAUUCUGUUCUAGUGACAGGUUCUUGGGAUUGCACAGUAAGAGUCUGGCGUAGAUUACCAGUGAAUGAAAAGGAAUGGAAGAAAAUCAAACCUGCCAUCUCCCUGGCUGCGGAACUUGAUCAUGAGGCUCAAGUUGUCUGUCUCACUGUGAGCGGAAAUGGAAAAUUUUUAGCCACUGGUUGCAAAGAUGGUACUAUGUUCAUUUGGAAUCUGGACAGUCAUUCCAUCCCUCUCAGUCUCCCUGGACAUGAUGGACCAGUUGGAGGUAUGGCUGUGAGCAAAGAUGCAAGUCAAUUAGUAUCAUGUGGGGCAUAUGACAAAACAUGGAAAGUGUUUGACUUAGCAAGUGGAAUGCUAGUUUGCAAUAAGGAACUGAAUGAAGGCCUUCAGUCUGUUGCAUUGGUUGACCAAUUUGUACUUCUUGGUGGAGUAUCAGGCACCUUGCAAGUGUGGGAUUUUCUGAAAGUGUCACUGAUACAGGAAAUCAGGGCCCAUACAAGCCCUGUAACUGCUAUAGCUGCCUCCAGCAAUUGUUCCUUAGUAGUGACUGGGGCUCACGAUGGAUCCAUUGCUGUAUGGCGCCAAUCCAAGAAGUGACUGAUGGGUGGAUGUGUCUACAACAAAACUACGUAUGUCAAGAAAUAGUUGGUGCUUGAGUAUACUCAGUCAAUUUUUAUUACUGUGAUCUACUUAUAAAUGACAUUUGUGAUUAUUUGUGUCAGUAUGAAAUGAUUGUGAUAAUUUGUCUACCCCUUACCUUGUCAUUAUAAUGUUUUAAGAUUGGUUUUAUUACUUUUUUGUUGUGUUUCCAUGCUGUAUUCUUUUUAAAAGUGUUAAUUGCCUGAAACUUUGUUGACUUCCCCCUUGUAACCAAUAUUUCUUCUUGUUUUAUGUUAGAGAUAUCAUUUUGUAGUAGAAGCAGCUACAAGUACUGAAAUUAAAAAAAGCUUAUAUCUUGAAAUAUUA